AUGGAAUGGCAGAUCCUGGGGAUCCCGGGCCAGAACCACUGGGAGAUAGGCCAUGGCCAGAAUAUGUUUCCAGCAGAGAAUCUCUGCCAUCUGCAGGAUCGCAAGGUGAAACUUCACAGAGCUGCCUGGGGCGAGUGUAUUGUUGCAUCCAAGACCAGCUUCCCUUACUGUCAGGGGAUCUGCCUGGCCCUCAGCAGUGAGCUCCAUCAAUCCAACUUUGAGUGCUAUAAGAGGGGAGUACCUACCUGUCCCCGGCUCUUCCAGAUCUGCCAUCCCACCAGGGUCUGACUCUUCUCUUUGAUGGUCCAGGAUAACAAACACAAGAUGAGUGGGCACCACGUGAACUCUUCCUUGGUGGAGAAGUAUGGCUGCUCUUGA